AUGACCCGUCCAAAUGAAGAGAAACUAGAUAAUUUGCUGCAAUGGCUUCUUCCAAGCACUACAAAGACUUCAAUUUCUGAAAAGAUUCAAGUGAAAGAAACUCAGGGAAGUGGUAGAGGUAUCUAUGCAACUUCAGAUAUAAAACCAAAUCUUCCAAUAAUCACCAUUGAUCAUUCUUAUCUGUUGAACUACACGACUAUAGUGGCACAUAUAUUCUCAUGGGGGUCAAGAAAUAAGUCCCUUCCAGAUGUUUAUAAGAAUAUCAAGGUCCCUCCUGCUGAAAAUGAGGAUCAUAUCACUUCAUUAUAUAAAGAGUUCACAUUAGAAGAACUUGGUGCAUUAUCUUCGUUCCAAAUCAUGUCAUUAUUUCUGGAGCUUGAAUCUUCAAGGGGUAAAGAAUCAUGGUGGGAUCCUUUCAUUCAAAUGUUACCAACAAUUAAUGAUUUCUUAACCUCUCCAUUUCUAUGGCAAAUCCAGGGUAAAUAUGAAUUGAUCGAAAAACUACCCAAAUCAACACAGAAACAUUCAUUAAAGAUGUUCAAUAGGUUUGAAUCAGAUUUUAAAGCAGUUAAAACCUUACUUGAGACUCAUAAUGCUUCAAAGGAUAUCAUAAAUCAUGAUAAAUUUGUUUUGUAUUGGAUGUGUAUUAAUUCUCGUUGCCUUUAUAUGGAAAUUCCACAAAAGAAGACAACGUCUGAUAAUUUCACAAUGGCACCAUAUGUUGAUUUCAUCAAUCAUUCCACAAAUGAUCAGUGUAAGUUGAAAAUUGAUAGAACUGGGUUCCAUGUCAUUACUACCUCAAAUUAUAAAGAAAAUGAUGAAUUAUAUUUAUCUUAUGGGCCUCAUUCAAAUGAAUUUUUGCUCUGUGAAUAUGGUUUCCAUCUAUCAAAUAAUGAAUGGAAUGAUCUUGAUAUAACUGAAGAAGUAAUAGACUUAAUGAAUGAUGAUCAAAUUGAAUAUUUGAAGAAAGUUGGUUAUUACGGUGAUUAUACAAUAAAUAAACAAAAUGUUAGUUUUAGAACAGAUGUCGCUUUAGCUGUCUUACAGGAACGUGAUGACUUGACCAUCAAUAGAAGAUUAAGCGCAUUAUUAAAUGGUAUAUCAGAUGGUUCUUUUUAUAAAAGAAGAUCUAAACAAAUUCUCAUCAAUAUAUUAGAAAAAGUUAAGGAAGAUCUAGAAAGAAAUUUGGACCUCAAUUCUCAGGAUGAUCCAAACUUGAAAGUUAUUGAAGCAUUGUCAAAGGAAAGGGUUGAACUUAUUGAUAGUUACCUAUGA